AUAACCAUUAGUCUCCCUCAGACACGGUUUUAUAAGUUGUUAUCAACUACUACUGAUUCUUCUCUAAAACCCUUAAUUUUUGUUUCUUUUAAUCUAAAUCCCUCAAAAUUUGGUGUAGGCUCACGUCACUGUAACAAUGAAUUCCGUGAAAUCAAAUUCUCUUAAUAAGCUCAGGACCUUGAUAAAUCUCCGCCUCGUUCAGUCGCCGAUCAGCGGGGGCCGAGCUAUCUCGACGGCCCCUCCGCCGCUUCUCAAUCAACCUUCUAGUCACGUUUCUUCACGUCAGCCUCCCGCCCCUAUUUCGACCUUCAUCCGCCACAUCCGCCAUGCCGGUGACCCCAGCACCAGGUAUGAGGUUGCACCACCAGUGAAUUGGGGAAUCCGUAUUGUUCCUGAGAAGAAGGCAUUUGUAGUUGAGCGAUUUGGAAAGUAUAGGAAGACAUUGACUCCUGGAUUACACCUCUUGAUUCCUUUUGUGGAUAAAAUCGCAUACGUGCACUCCCUAAAAGAAGAGGCCAUUCCCAUUCCAGAUCAGUCUGCUAUUACUAAGGAUAAUGUCAGCAUUCUGAUUGAUGGUGUCCUCUAUGUUAAGAUUGUGGACCCUAUUUUGGCCUCUUAUGGAGUUGAGAACCCAUUAUAUGCAGUUAUUCAGCUUGCCCAGACGACUAUGAGAAGUGAGCUCGGUAAGAUCACUUUAGACAAGACUUUUGAGGAACGAGACACUCUCAAUGAGAAGAUAGUGAUAGCCAUCAAUGAUGCUGCAAAAGACUGGGGCUUGAAAUGUCUUCGUUAUGAGAUAAGGGAUAUAUCGCCGCCACGUGGAGUGAGGGCAGCAAUGGAGAUGCAGGCAGAAGCAGAGCGCAAAAGGAGAGCUCAGGUUUUGGAGUCUGAAGGAGAAAGGCAGGCAAAUAUUAAUAUUGCAGAUGGAAGGAAGAAUGCAGUUAUCCUAGCAUCUGAAGCUGCAAAAUUGGACCAGGUUAACAGAGCUCUAGGAGAAGCAGAUGCAAUCCUUGCUAGAGCACAAGCAACAGCAAAAGGACUUGCGAUGGUGUCACAAACCCUCAAAGAAAAUGGGGGUGUGGAGGCAGCUAGUUUAAGAAUUGCUGAGCAAUAUCUUCAGGCCUUUAGUAUGAUUGCAAAGGAGGGAACAACUAUGCUGCUUCCAGCAAGUGCUUCUAAUCCUGCCAACAUGAUGGCUCAAGCCCUUGCUAUAUACAAGAACUUAAUAGGCAACAAUUCUGGCAAUGGGCUUCCCGAGGUUUCACAAGGUGGAUCAACUGAUGAAAACAAGAACGAAGAUUCAUCUUGGGCUGAUGGCGAUAAGAGUUCCACAGCUGCUGAACGUGCUGCCGCUGAUCGUCCUGGAGAACCCGUUUUCUCGCUACAAAGCCCGAAGAAGGAUAACUACUAAGUGAUUCAACAUCCAAUUUCAAAACGCCCUCAAGAUAGUUUCAUUUUAUUGAUUUUAUGGGGGCUAGAAAGAAAUGCACAAGAAUUGGCAAUCAUAUAGAAUUGGUGGCGUAGUCUUUUUGAGGAGGCAACACUGCCUGGAAGUGUAGAAAACGUGUCAAAUAUGAGAUUCCCAUAUACAUUUUACUCGGAGGUGCCCGCCCACAGAUGCAAAUCUGAAACACAUCAGCGUCAUUUUUUACUCUUAACAAUUGUGCAUUUCUUGAUGAUUUUGAAGAUUUUAUUUUAUCAUUGAGUAGUUAUUUUUA